AGAGUGGUCGAUCGAGAAACUUCGGCAACCUGUUUACUUAUCUACUCAGGCUCCUCAAACGACCCCAGUCUUCUCUUAUUUCCCCGCACAUCAAACUUUGAAAAAAAAACCCUAGUUUCUGCAAUUCCUCCCUUGCAAAUCGCUUUGAUUUCACAAUGGUUCCCAAGAAAGCAGGCAUCAAUGAAGUCGACGGCGCUAGCCCAGGCAAAAUUUUCGUCGGAGGAUUAGCAAAAAACACAAAUCUUGAUACGUUUACCAAGUACUUUGAGAAGUAUGGGGAAGUGAUUGAUAGUGUGAUAAUGAAAGAUCGGAACACUGGACAACCAAGGGGUUUUGGGUUUAUCACUUAUUCUGAUCCUUCUGUUGUUGAUACCGUCAUUAAGGAGGACCAUGUGAUUAAUGACAAGCAGGUGGAAAUCAAAAGGACAAUACCUAAAGGUGCUGCACAAGCAAAUGGUUUUAAGACUAAGAAGAUCUUUGUUGGGGGCAUUCCGACAACCGUGACAGAAGAUGGUUUGAAGGACUUCUUCUCAAAGUACGGUAAAGUUGUGGAACAUGAGAUCAUUCUUGACCAUGCUACAAAGCGAUCUCGAGGAUUUGGUUUCGUUGUGUUUGACAAUGAAAAAGUUGUAGAUGAUAUUCUGGCUGAUGGAAACAUGAUCGAAUUGGAUGGUUCAAGGGUUGAGAUCAAGAAGGCUGAACCAAAGAAAGCCUCAAACCCUUCCUCAGGUUCUGCAUUUGGUAGUAACUCUAGGGUACGCACACAUGGAGGUAAUAUGAGGGGGUACCCUGAUACUUAUAGUGGAUUUGGAAGUGGUUAUAGUCCUGCCUCCUCCUAUAGGGCAUUUGGAGCCUACCCUUCUAGGAUGGGUGAUUAUGGAGGCUAUGUAGGUGGUGAUUAUGGAGAAGGUUAUGGUGGAUUUGGUGGGGCUUCCAGUAUGGCUGGGUAUCGAGGAGAAUCUUCUUAUGGCUAUUCUGGCCGUUAUGGCUCAUAUGGUGGGGCUUUAGGUGGAGGAUAUGGUAGUGGCCUAGGGAUGUUUGGCAGAGGUGAUAGCUAUGGUGGCGGUUCUGGUUCAGGGGCAGGUUCAGGGUCAGGGUCAGGGUCAGGUUCAGGUGCUGGCUAUGACUCAGCUCCUGGCUAUGGCUCAGGUCCUAGUGGAUAUGGAGCCGGAGCGAUGUAUGGAGGUAGGGAAGGCUAUAGCAGCAGUAGUCGUUACCACCCCUAUGCACGAUAGAUAUCCGUAAGAGCCUUACCGUAGUAUUUGCAGAGUGUCACUCAUAUCUCAGCAUUUAAGGACUUGAAGCAGGAGAUAUUCCAACCAUAUUUCUAGAUCAAGAUUGUGAGACUGAAUUAGUUUCAUCUGCAUCCAUGUUUUUGAUGAUAGUGUUGGAAUUGACUUAGCAAAUCUGUGGCUGUUAGCAUUUAGCACUAUCUUUUAUUCUCCAGUUAUGUAGUUAGUUAAGAUUGUGAUUGACUUAGAUUACUGGCGUUUUUCUUCUAAUAAUAUAGACAUUACAUUUUUUGGAACA